AUCCCGGGGCGCCCGACGCGCCUGAUCGCCUUGGUCCUCUGCAUCCCCCACCUCCGGAUUAGCGGCCGCCCGCUCGCCUUCCUCCCUAGUCCGAAAACGGGGGCGCCUGAGAGUGUUGAGGACCGACGCGGAGUGAGGCACAGCCUGGGGCAUCCCAGCCCGGCGCGCCGCGGCCACGCGAGGCCCCCGCCGUCGCCGCCACCGCCCGUGCACCGUCGCUCCGCCCCGCCCCCCAAGAGCCGAGGCCCGGCGGCCGCCGAGUCCGCGUCCUCUUUGCACCAGCUUGUUUACAACCAUGCCGCUCUACGAGGGCCUGGGGAGCGGCGGGGAGAAAACGGCGGUCGUGAUAGACCUGGGAGAGGCUUUUACCAAGUGUGGAUUUGCUGGAGAAACUGGUCCAAGAUGUAUAAUUCCUAGUGUAAUAAAAAAAGCCGGCAUGCCUAAGCCUAUCAAAGUUGUACAAUAUAAUAUCAAUACAGAAGAAUUAUAUUCCUACCUAAAGGAAUUCAUCCACAUACUAUAUUUCAGGCAUCUAUUGGUGAAUCCCAGAGACCGAAGAGUUGUGGUUAUUGAGUCUGUAUUAUGCCCUUCCCACUUCAGAGAGACGCUUACUCGUGUUCUUUUCAAGUAUUUUGAGGUUCCAUCUGUUUUGCUUGCUCCAAGUCAUCUAAUGGCUCUUCUUACACUUGGGAUAAAUUCUGCCAUGGUCCUGGAUUGUGGAUAUAGGGAAAGCCUGGUGUUACCUAUAUAUGAAGGAAUCCCAGUACUAAAUUGUUGGGGAGCACUCCCCCUAGGAGGAAAGGCUCUUCACAAGGAGUUGGAAACUCAACUAUUGGAACAAUGUACUGUUGACACAGGUGCUGCUAAAGAACAGAGCCUUCCGUCUGUGAUGGGUUCAAUUCCAGAAGGUGUCUUAGAGGACAUUAAAGUGCGUACUUGCUUUGUUAGUGAUCUGACGCGUGGACUAAAAAUCCAAGCAGCAAAAUUUAAUAUUGAUGGGAAUACUGAGCGUCCCUCACCACCCCCAAAUGUUGACUACCCGUUAGAUGGAGAAAAGAUUUUACAUGUCCUUGGAUCAAUCAGAGAUUCGGUUGUGGAAAUUCUUUUUGAACAAGAUAAUGAAGAGAAAUCAGUGGCCACUUUAAUAUUGGAUUCCCUUAUGCAGUGCCCAAUAGAUACCAGGAAGCAACUAGCAGAGAAUUUGGUCAUCAUAGGUGGCACAUCUAUGUUGCCAGGAUUUCUCCACAGAUUACUUGCAGAAAUAAGGUAUUUGGUAGAAAAACCAAAGUAUAAAAAAACACUUGGCACCAAGACCUUCCGAAUUCAUACUCCGCCUGCAAAGGCUAAUUGUGUAGCCUGGUUGGGAGGGGCUAUUUUUGGAGCACUACAAGACAUACUUGGGAGCCGUUCAGUCUCAAAGGAAUAUUAUAACCAGACAGGCCGUAUACCUGAUUGGUGUUCUCUUAAUAACCCACCUUUGGAAAUGGUGUUUGAUGUCGGAAAAUCUCAGCCACCUCUGAUGAAAAGAGCAUUUUCCACUGAGAAAUGAAAGUUUGCUUAAAAUUCGACUUUGCUUGAUUGCAAAUAUCUAAUCAAUUACAAGCAAAUUGUGCAAAGUGUGUAGGAUGCUGUUAAAGAUGACUUUAUUAGAAGUGAAGGCAUUUCUGUAAUUAUUCUUCACAUUAAUAUUUAAUUAUUUUGACUGUAGUUUCUCUUGUGUAGUGAUAGAAUGGUAGCUAAUGCUUAUGAAGUUAAUUGCAUUUAUAUCAAUAAAAUACAGUAAAGCAGUUUAAUUUUGGAAGUUUGUUAACAUCGUUCAUUUUUCAAAGAGAAUAAAAACAUUGUCACUCCACAGUUCCUAUAAUCUAUUCUGGGCAUUGGAGACACCGUUAAUUUCAUUAUUUUCAGCAGUUAUUUCAUUGAGUAAUGUUAUCAUUUUCAGUUAUUUUAAGUAUUAACAUGGGUUUAUUUCUUCAGAUCCUUUUGUUUUGAUAUUUGUGCCCAUGUUAUAAUAAUGCUACUUUUACAGAAAUAUAUUUGACUCUUGGAUUGAGAAUGUUGGGUAGCAUAUUUAAGCAUUUGGUAAGCAAAAUAUGAAAAUGUCACUUUUUAAUUUUACAGUUAAUGAAUUUCUAAGAAAAAUGAUAUUUCAUUUUUAUGCAAGGAUGUUUCAUUUUAUGCACUUUUAUGCAAUUACUUUAUAAACAUGUAUUCAUAAUAUCUUUUUUGUGCUUUGUAUCUUCUCAAGGCAAGGGUUCUUUGAAAGAUGUACUCAGUCAUUGUUUAAUUUUGUUUUUAUUUUUUAAUGAACUACCUCUUACUGGAA